ACACACAUUCACUGUUUUUUGACUCACUUUUUUUUUAAUUUUUUGGAUUUUGGUGAAAAGUUGAAUUUGUCUCUUUCUCUUUUUCACUUUUUUCUCUCCGGCGUCAAUUUCACGGCGGAUACACGGCGGUCAACUAUGUCAUUGACUGUACCGGAAUUCGAUUUCAGAUUGACGUCGCCGCCUCAGUUUGGUUUUUCACCGAUCGGGGAGCAUAAUUUCGCCGAUGUUGAUAAUCUCGAGAACUGUGUCAAGUAUCUGAAUCAGAGCUUAGUCACCUAUGGAUUCUCAGCUUCGCUUGACCUCUUCGCUACCGAUCCUGUUUCGAUUGCGAGAACUUGCAAUUGUAUAUACGCUUUGAUCCAACAGAGGCAACGAGAUGUGGAAUUUAGAGAAUCUUCUAAUGAUCAGAGACAACGACUUUUAUCUGACAUGGCGAGACUUGAGGCAAAAGUUGAAAGGCUUGAGACUCAAUUGCAAUCUAAGGAGAGGGAACUUGGUUCUGUCACAAGAACGGAAGCCAAGAAUACAGCGGCUUUAAAGGCCCAUAACGAGAAGUUGCAGAAAGAGAGAGAUGAGUUUCAGCGGAUGGUGAUUGCUAACCAGCAAGUUAAAACCCAACAAUUACAUGAAACCAAGAAGAAAGAAAAGGAGUACAUUAAGUUACAGGAGAGGUUAAACCAAGUUUUGAUGGAGAAAAAGAAAGAAACGAGAUCAGGCAUGGAGAUUAUGAAUCUACUGCAGAAAGAAGGCAGACAGCGUGGGACAUGGAGCGGGAAGAAAGCUGACUCUGAUUUCUACAAAAAAAUUGUGGAUGCAUAUGAGGCGAAAAACCAAGAACUGAUGGCAGAGAACACUGAUCUGAGAGCGUUACUGCGAUCCACGCAGGGAGACAUGCGUUCUUUCUUGAAUGCUUCCGGAGGAUUAACCAACCAAUCUUUGAUAGCUAAUGGAAGACAAGGUGCAGACCCUUCUCAGUCUCCAUUGGGCGGGAAGACGGAUAUGUUCGACCUACCUUUUCGUAUGGCUCGAGGUCAAAUAGAAGAUAGUUUGCGCACGAAGAUGGUUUCCAUUAAGGAACGUAUGGGUCAGUUAGUAGAUGCACAAAAAGAAGUGUCUAUUACUUCAGAAGCGUCAGAGAGGGAACUUGAACUUGAAGCACAACUCGUAGAGGCACGCAGUAUUAUUCAAGAACAGGAAUCUAUAAUGUCUAAACAUUUACCUAAGACAGACCGGAGAAGGAACUCAGCUCCUCCGCAAUCUUCCAACGGACUGCGUGGCUGAAUGAUUAGAUUGUGAAUGCCAGGUUCAAAAUAUGAAAAUCUCUUCCUGUAAUUUCUCUUGUUUUAACAAAGAAAUGUCUUAUGUCUUUCGAAUCAAAUCACAGGAAGAUAACAUUAAGAGUUUAUAUAAAAAUUAAUAUGAAUGUGGAUUCGUGCUUGUAACGUUGUACAGAACAAUUGCUGACAGCAAGUUGCAAGCUUUUAGAGUAUUAUAGAUGAAUGAGUGAUUGGUUGUAAUCA